ACACUGAGCGUGGCAACUCUGGCAGCCAAACAAAUGAUUCACAAAGUAAUUUUUUAUUUUUGCCGGCUGUGGGUUUGAAACUGGAUUAAGUAGUUAAAAAACCAUGUCGAACCCUGGUGAGGAAUUCAAGGAGGAGGACCUGCCCGCAAAUACGCUGGAGCAUUUCAGCGAACUGCAGCAAGUGCUGCAAAUGAUUGAUAACAUCAAAUCUAUUGGUGCUGGCACCUUCGAAAGGGAAUUCGAGCAAUACGCCCAAGUUUUGACCAGAUACCAGGAGCAGCCGCAUUUGCUGGAUCCACAUUUGGAGGAGCUGCUAGGCAAGCUUUUGCAAAAGAUUCGCAGGCCGGAUUUGGACAACGGGGAACGUCAUGCGGCUUUCAAGUAUCUCUACAUCAUCUGCAAAGUUCGCACCUAUAAGGUUCUGGUCAAGUUUAUGCCCCACGAGCUGAGCGAUCUGGAGUUUGUGCUAGAUCUACUGGGCCAGCAGGAUCCCAAGGAGUUUGACCAGUGGGAAACGCGUUACAUACUGCUUCUUUGGAUGUCUAUCCUAGUCCUCAACCCUUUUCACAUGUCGCGUCUGGAUGCAUAUGAAACAACUCCCAAUCCCAUAUCCAACUGCAGCCCCACCAAUCAUGUCCAGUCGAAGACCACCAAGAUGGAACGCAUUUUUGAGCUGAUCCAGCUUUAUGUGUCCACAAAUGAUACGUGCAGUAGCAUGGCUGCCUAUUUGGCCGCCAAGUAUUUUGUUCGUAGCGACAUCAAGGAUCUGUACCUGGAACGAUUUCUUAACUGGAUUAUAGAUCAGCACCAGGCGGAUACGGUGAACGUCAAGUUUGGCCAGCUGGCUGCCGUGGCUGCUAUUUUGAAGCACGGCAAACGAGAGGAUCUUCUGCCAUAUGCAGACAAGCUGCUUCAGUGGAUAACCUCCUGUCAGUAUAAGGAUGGCAACGACUUUCUUAAGUAUAAAAACUAUGUAAAAAUAGUCCAGAGAAUCGGAUUAGUCCAUUUGAAGCCACGUAUUGCCAGCUGGCGGUACAAUAGGGGCACGCGUUCACUGGCCACCAAUCUUAGCCAGGCCGCAGACACAGGAGGCGGAUCGGCUGCCUCAGAGGUGUUACCAGAAGAAGGUGAGGAGAUUCUAGUGCCUGAUGCCAUAGAAGAGGUGAUCGAAGAGCUGCUGCAGGCUCUGCGAAGCGGCGGAAACGAUAUACGCUGGAGUGCGGCCAAAGGAUUGGGCAGAGUUACCAAUCGCUUGCCCAAGGAGCUGGCCGAUGAGGUUAUAGGCUCAGUGAUUGACAUACUGAACCCACUAGAACCCCAUGAAGCCUGGCACGGUGCCUGUUUGGCAUUGGCAGAACUGGCAAAAAGGGGACUGCUGCUGCCGCAUCGACUAGAGGAGCUGGUCCCGCUCCUAAUGCAGGCUCUCUUUUACGACGAAAUGAAGGGCUACAUGUCGGUUGGUCAGCACAUCCGCGAUUCCGCAUGCUACAUGUGCUGGGCUUUUGCAAGGGCCUACAAUCCGGAUGACGUCAAACCCUUUGUGCAGAAAAUCUCCUCAGGGUUAUUGACCGUUGCUGUUUUUGAUCGCGAGGUGAACUGCAGGCGAGCUGCCUCCGCUGCUUUCCAGGAAAGCGUUGGUCGCUUGGGAAACUUUCCCUUUGGCAUCGAGAUUUCCACCACUACAGAUUUUUAUUCUGUUGGCAUUCGGCAGAAUUCCUAUCUAAACAUCAGUGAUUACAUAGCCCAGUUCGAGGUGUACAGGGAACCCUUGAUUAAUCACCUAGUGCAGCAUAAAGUGAACCAUUGGGAUCCUGCUAUAAGAGAGCUGACUGCCAAAGCUCUGCAUAAGCUAUCACUAAGGGAGCCCGAGUACAUGGCCGCCGUGGUGCUGCCACAACUGCUGGCCAAAACUGAUACCAUCGAUAUUAACUGCCGACAUGGUUGCGUUUUGGCGAUGGGAGAGAUCACUCUGGCCCUGCGGAAACUGGAGGAAACGGGUGAUCCAUCUGUUGUUUACCUUUCCAAUCAGCGAAUUGUGGAGCUCAACGAUUUGGUAAAGACGUUCCUAGACAGAAACUGCUAUCGCGGAAUGAGCGGAGAACUGAUGAAGUCGUGCACGACCAAUUACAUAAAAAACUGCAGUUUGGCUAAGCUGCAGGCGACAACCGACUGUUUGGCUUCUUGGCAAAUGGUUAUAGACGCCUGUCUGGUUACAAAAACAACUUCUAUUCGUGACUCCUCGGUGGAAGCCUUUGGCCAACUCUGUGCCACUUACUACUGUUCGGAUUCUAGAUAUCAAGAAAACGAAGCCAUUAUCAAUGCCUAUUUACGGGGAGCCGAGAACGACUUGGAGGAGAAUAUACGCAUGGGCUACAUUGCUGCUUUGGGAAUGCUCCCAUCAUUUAUGAUUCGUCCUCAUCUGCCAGCUGUUUUGGACAGUUUGGUGAAGCAUUCGUUGACGCCUUUGCAAGCAGUUCUUGCUGGUGAAAUGGGCGAUCGCGAAAAUAUCCAAACCUAUAGAUGGAGUGAGGCAAGGACCGAGAGUGUGAGAGCAUUGACUAAAUUGGUAAAAACCGUCGGUUAUGGAGAAGGAAUCGAUUCAUUCGCAGACCCCAGGAACUUCAAUAAGGUUAUAGAGUGUCUGCUUAAAGCCCUAGACGAAUACACCUUAGACAAUCGCGGUGAUAUUGGUGCUUGGGUGAGGGAAGCGGCCAUGACAUCGCUGUACGAGAUCGUAACUCAGUGUCCGCGUGAAUUCCUUACGGCAGGGCAUGUUCACAAGAUUGUGUCUGGAUUUAUGCAGCAGGCGGUAGAGAAGAUUGAUCGUACACGAGGAUUAGGUGGUCGCCUCUGCUGCCAACUGAUUCAUCAUCAGCCAAGUAUCCCGCAUAUUCGUGAGCAUUCAAAACUCCUUGAGAUUUUCCCAGCGGAUGCCGAUUCCGUACUUUGGUUGUUUGCCGACCAUACAUUCCCGAUGUUCUGCGACCUGCUCGCUCUGCCGGAUUACUCUAAAAGAGUGCUUCUGGGAUUGAGUGCCAGCAUUGGACAACUAACUGAAUCUCUGAUCAAGUAUUCCUCGAGUGCCUUUUUCCAAUUUUUGCGUUCCAAUCCCGAAACUGUGCCGCGUCUGUGCUCUGAGGUAGUUCAGAUCUUCGAGGAGCACCUGUUGAACGAACGGGUGACAUAUCCCAUGCUUAGUUUCCUGGAUAUUCUCAUUGGUUCUGGAACUGUGGAAUUAGUGCUUCAUGAUGAAUCAAAUCCUUUUGCGGAGGAUAUCUUUAGACUGUUGAAUCUAGAGGUUAAAGGGUACAAGAAGCUGUACAAGACAGCUACCAGCAUAAGUGCUUUUUGCCAGCUGCUGCAGGUUCCUCGCUUGUCCAGACGCAUUCUCUCCAAGCUCUCAGUAUUCCUAGGCCUGCAACACGUCCACGUGCGCAAAACCGCUGCCACAAAACUUUAUGAAGCACUGGCUCUUCACGGCGAUGUAACUGAAAUACCCGAGGAUAAUAUGGAUGAAAUCCUGACACUGCUUUCGGAAACAGAUUGGACUAUGCCGCUGGUAGAGGUGCGUCCGCUGCGAAAUCAACUGUGUCACCUAAUGGGCAUCAAGCCUCCUGUGAGUGGAGUAGCUGCAGCCGCCGCCUUGCAACAAGCGAACGCGGAUAAAUGAAUUUUUGGCAAUAGAAGUUAAGGUUCUGUAUUUCUCUAAAUAUCUUUAAUGUUUUCGCACAAUUAUACUGACAAUGCUUGCAAAA